AUUCAAUCAGAAACCUCACUUAUUUUAAUAAGAGGGCUUUAAAUAUGAAACUUAAAUCUCUAUUAUUAGUUAGAGUUGACAAUUCUGUGAAUAUAAAGUUGUGUUUUAAGUGAAAUUCAUUGGAAAUAAGUGGAUUUGUCCUCCUUAUAUUAGAAACCUUACUUAUUUUAAUAAGAAAGCUUUAAUUCUGAAACUGUUAUCGCUAUAAUGAGUCAGAGUUGGUGAACAUAAAUUGGUUUUUUAAGCGAAAGUUCAUUAAGAAUAAGUGAAUUUGACGAAUUUCAAUUAGAAACCUCAUUUAUUUGAAUAACAAGGCUUUAAAUAUAAAACUAUUACUACUACUACAAGCAUAUUCACCACCAAGCUGAUCUGUGCCUCCCUCAUAUUAGCAUGAAUAUAAAAGCAUUGUGCCACAUUAUGUUCCUGUCCCCAUCGCUGCAUCCAAUCAGCGCUGCAGGAGCCAAUUAAACGGCCUCAUUACAGAGAAAGGUCACUUGCUGCAGGAUAUCAAACAUGUGAAACAUAAACUUUACAUUUAAUCUCACAGAUGUGGCUCAGGCUAAUCCAUUACAUAGCACUUAUCAGAGCAGGUAUAAUCUGAUUCAGUCAGAAUGCAGAAGCCAUUUUUACUCAGAUCAGUUACUGAAAGGUCAACCACGUCUAUACAGAGUGAAUUAUAUGAAUGAUAUGAUCUAUGAAAGCCUCGUGCACGCUCACACAGAGAGCGUUUGCUGUGUGUUUCUAAGAGAUAAUUAUAAAAGGGGUUUAGGAGUAAGUCUAUAUUCUGGUGAUAAGUUGUACAUAAUGUAUCAGAGAUGUCUUUUGUUGGAGGUUUAGGAGACAGACAAAGCAGCCUUUCAGUGCAGUGUAACAUUUACUGCAGGCUGCAGUAUGUCAGGACGCCGGUGGCAGGUUUAUAAGGCGAGCGGUGAAGUGGAGGGCAGUUGAGUUUGAUGCUGCGGAGCGACUGCAGACGCAGGGAAAAGGUCACAGUGAUGGAUAGGGCGUCUUCCUCGUACGCCCGUCCCCGGAGGACGCGGCGCAGAGUGGAUGUGAAGCAGAGAAAGACGACUAAAGCUGAGCUGCAGGUCAAAGUUCACCACGAAAGAGGUGACCCGGACAAGUGUGACAUCUGGGGAAACACACCGCUCCACCUGGCAGCUGCAAAUGGCCACCACAACUGCCUGUCCUUCCUGGUGGCCUUCGGUGCCAAUGUGUGGUGUCUGGACAAUGACUACCACACACCGCUGGACAUGGCCGCCACCAAGGGACACAUGGACUGUGUUCGCUACCUGGACUCCAUCGCUGCCAAGCAGAUCACCCUCAACCCAAAGCUGGUCGGCAAACUCAAGGACAGGGCGUUCCGCGCCGCAGAGCACCGGAUCAAAGACUGUGCAAAGCUCCAGAGGAGGCACCGGGAACGUAUGGAGAGGAGGUUCAUGAAGGAGUCAGCAGCUUUGGACAACUUAGACGCUAUCAGCUUUUCCAGCUACACCAGCGGCAGCACACUGAGCCGAAAGUUCAACACUGUCACCUCCAACAUGCCAUAUUCGCAGGCAACCCUGCAUUCCACAGCCAAGGGCAAGGCCAAGAUACAGAAGAAGCUGGAGAAGAAGAAGCAAGUUGAUGGGACGUUCAAGAUCUACGAGGACGGGAGGAAAAGUGUGCGCUCGCUGUCCGGCCUGCAGCUUGGCAAUGACGUCAUGUUCCUCAAACAGGGCACAUACACAAACUCCAAGGAGCGAUCGCGCCUCAACAUCCGCGAUAUGUUCCCCCGCGACAAUGACGACGACGCGGAUACUGUCUCCCGUGCCAUGAGCGACCCGGGCCUCCACGAGGCUGCGUAUUCGGAGAUCAGUGCCGACUCCGGACGGGAUUCCCUGUUCACCCGACCCGGACUCGGCACCAUGGUGUUUAGGAGGAACUAUAUGAGUGGAGGUAUGUUUGGAAUCGGGGGACGGGAUGAAGGGAGUGUAGCAGGGAGUGAACCCGUGGGCCGGGCGCCCAAUGUUCGCCUACGAGGACAUUUGCCUCGACGCUCGCCCAGCUUCGAUGAGGACAGUAUUGGCAGCGCCUUGAGCUUGCAAGAAAGAAACCUUCAGGAGUUGCCCUGGGAGGAGACGGAUGUUGCGUUGGAUCAGGACUUGGAGCCAGAGAACAGUCCUCUGGAGACCUUCCUGGCCUCUCAAAGCCUGAGUGAGUUCAUGCAGAUUUUCAGACGUGAGAAGAUCGACCUGCAGGCCCUGCUGCUUUGUUCAGAUCAGGACCUCAGCAGCAUUCAUAUCCCUUUGGGCCCCAGGAAGAAACUUCUGGAUGCCUGUAGGAGACGUCUGGAGACACUAGAUGAACCAGAGGCCAUUGAGGAUACUGAGCUUUGAACUUCAGAAUCUACAUUUUGUUUUAUAUGGGAAGCACCACUCUCCUUUCUGAUAAUUUUUUGUUGUCACAAAUAAGCUACUGUUUGCGUCAGCAUGUAGUGUAGAUGACCAACAUGAGUAGUUGUGAAUGGCCUUAAUGUUGCUGUUGACCCAGUCAUUAGUCAAUUAGUUACAUGCAGGGUAAAGAUAGAAAUUUGUUAACAAUGGUUUUGUUUUGAAGGAGGAAGUUACCUUAAAAAAAAUAACAUAUAAGCUAUCGCUGGAAUCGGUCGACACAAACUAGAAUAUUUGGUGAGAGAGUCUGAGUGCAAAUACCAACAAGUCCAAGACAACUGAGACAAUAGAAAAAGCAUCUUGAGUCCAGACUUUUAGCUUUUCUAGCUACACCAGCUGCAGCACACUGAGCCACAAGUUCAACACCAUCACUUCCAACAUGCCAUAGUUGUAGGCAGGGGUUGUUUCUUCACCCCGACAUCUGAUUGGCCACCCCAUUGUCCUUACCUCUGCCACUCCACACUGUCUUUCAGAGGCUAGAGUGAAGAUACUGGUAUCAUAUGAAACAAGAUGACCUAAACUCUAUGGAGUUUUUAUAAACGUGUUAUUUUCGCCUAGUUUAUUUGAAUAUUUCUGCAUUCUGGGGUCAAUAAACAGAGUUGGAAUUGGAUAAAUUGCAUUGGUGUGAACCUGCCAGUUCACAACUAGACGGAACAGUAUACCUUCUCCAUAACAAAAACUCUCUUUUCUUCUGUUCAACAGCCAGCUUUUUUUUUUUUUUUUUGCAGCUGGAUAUCAUUUGUAGCAUCCUAAAAUAUAAACUGAGGAUUUUAGAUUACUGUCUACAGUUAGGUUUUAUUAAUGAAACGAUGAGAACUCUCAAUAAGAAGAGAGGAUUGAGAAUUAGGAGCCGUUCAUGGGUAAAUGGGUAAAUUUUAAGGCUUGUGUCAAACAAAUUGGUUAGGUGAUCUUCCUCCGUCCAGAACUCUGUGAUCGACUUCACUAGCUGACAUCCCAACAUAUCUGCUCGGAAAUGUCAAUGUCAUCCUUAGCUGUACAUAGCAAACUAACUGUUAGCAUGUUAAAGCAUGUUUGUUUGAGUCAGUCAGUUUUAAAUUCGUGGAAUUUUUGACUUAAUUUACUAUAUAAUGGUAGAUAGCUAUUAAAAUAAAAACAUACAUGUAGAUAGAAUACUUUAACUAAAUCAACCACCCGUCACUGCAGCUAGCUUAAUCUAAUGAGGUCCACAGCUUCCAAAAUGACCACACUGCUAAAUUAACACCAGUCUUAAGGCAGGGGUUUACCUAAUAAUCUAGCAUCUCAUUGUAGACUUUAAGCUCCUGCAAUUACAUUUUGCUCCCAUGUAGCUUUUUCCCUUUACGCUGGCUGAACACACCUCCGCUGGAGACCUUCCUAACUUCACUCAUACCUUUGUUGCACUUGUGAAGGUGUGACAACUCAACAGUGGAUGAUUCUUGAAGUAUGUGCGACCGGAGCAAAGUCCUAGCAUGGCUCCACCCAACUUCAACCUGCACAGAGAUCUAAUCAGCCAGAAUAACUGAAACACCUGUGUGCAGGUGUGCCAGCUGAGCCUUUUACAAGAACCGAUGGCUUUUCUACCUGGCUAAAUGGCACCACCUAGUGGCCACUUGUGGUAUGGAGCUUUGGAGGACUAGAAGGCGUUGAUGUUGAUCUCAUACAUUUUAUUUGUUAUACAUAAUGUUAUUUUUUUCUAUUCGUGUACUGGAUUAUUACACAGUGAAUGCAUGCAUGAUGUAGGCUCCAUGUACUGUUAUUAUUCCCCAGUGCAGUCAGUAAAGGUAGCAUGGAGUCUAGUCAUCACACUGAAAAGAAGUAAUAAACAUUUUAUGCCACAUAUACAAACACAUGUACACACAUUCAGUAUUGUGUUUGUAUGGAUUCUCUUCCAGUGAAAUUACUGUUACUGUAACACUUCAUGCAUCGAUGAAUGAUUUACGUAUUAGUGAAUGUAAUCCUUUGAAUGUACAGUUUUCUUACUUUAUGACAUGUUAUUUUACCCCAUGGCACAUACACAAUGGUGACUUACUAUAUAUGGGGUUUAUAUAUGGAUGAAAAUGGCCCCAGACUGACUGUUGCUCUGCAAACACUGUCGCAAUAGUAAAAACAAUGUGGUGGUACUGUGAGUUUAUGUGAGUGUGUGCUAGAUAACACUGUUAUCUCAGGUUGCUCCGAGGCGUAUUUGGUUUCACUGAAGGUCUGUCUGUCUGUGCACUUGAGAGUAUUUUAAAAAACAGUUUUUGUAUCUGAAGAUGUACCCACAACCGUGAUUAUCUUUUAUUAAAAUAAAGUGGAAAAUAUUGGUG